UUGCUUGCCUUCUUUCUCUUUCUUUCUCUCCAAACAAACACAUACACCCAAGUUUUUUUCUCUUCUACAGAGAGGGAGUUGGAGACAUUUGGGGUAAUUCUCUCCAAAGACCAUUUGUCUCCUCUAUCCUCUCCUAGUUUUCUUCUCUCUCUCUUUUUUCCCCCCUUCAUUUUCCUUUUCAGGUUUUUUUCUCUUUUGAUUUCUUAUUUUGUUCAGAUACUUUUUUCUUUGUGCUCAAUAAUGAGAGACCCAUUUCGUUUUUCCUCACAUAUCUUCGUUUUGUAAAUCCGGGGCUGGUUUAAUUUACUCAGAAAAAAAAACUAUGAACUACUAGUACUCAAUAUUAAUGGAAGUGCUUGUAAAUUUGUAAAGAUAGAGAGAAAAAAUAGUGUUUGGUGAAGCGGAAAAUCAAAACGAAAAAAAAAAAAAAAAAAAGAAGAAAGGGUUCUUCUUUGAUGAGUUUUGGAGGAUUCCUUGACAAUAGUAGUACUGGCGGUGGUGGUGUCGGCGGCGGUUCAAGAAUAGUGGCUGACAUCCCCUACAGUAACAACAACCACAACCACAACAACGAAAACGACAACAACCACAUCAACAACGACAACAACAAUAUGCCCUCCACUGCAAUCGCUCAGCCUCGACUCGUCACUCAAUCUCUAACCAAAUCAAUGUUCAACUCUCCCGGACUCUCUCUAGCCCUCCAAACGAAUAUAGAUGGACAAGGAGAUAUGAUUAGAAACAUGGCGGAGAAUUUCGAGCCGAGCGGGGGAAGAAGAAGCAGAGAGGAAGAGCACGAGAUCAGUAGAUCUGGAAGCGACAACCUGGAAGGCGGUUCCGGCGACGAUCAGGACGCCGCCGACAAGCCUCCGAGGAAAAAACGUUACCACCGACACACCCCUCAACAAAUCCAAGAGCUCGAAGCUCUGUUUAAGGAGUGUCCUCAUCCUGAUGAGAAGCAAAGAUUGGAGCUCAGCAAACGCCUCUGCUUAGAGACGAGGCAAGUAAAAUUCUGGUUCCAAAAUCGCCGAACCCAAAUGAAGACCCAACUGGAACGACACGAGAACUCAUUACUGAGGCAAGAGAACGACAAGCUCCGAGCUGAAAACAUGUCAAUCAGGGACGCCAUGAGGAACCCAAUCUGCACAAACUGCGGCGGCCCGGCGAUAAUCGGCGAGAUUUCGUUCGAAGAGCAGCACCUGAGGAUUGAGAACGCCCGUCUCAAAGACGAAUUGGAGCGCGUCUGCGCCCUCGCUGGCAAGUUUUUGGGACGUCCCAUUUCAUCCUUGGCCACGUCACUUGCGCCGCCAUUGCCGAGCUCCGCGCUGGAGCUCGGCGUCGGGAGCAACGGCUUUGCGGCGCUGAGUGCGACGACAAUGCCUUUGGGGCCUGAUUUUGGGGGCGGGAUUUCGAACCCUUUGCCGGUUCUGCCUCCGGCGAGGCCUACUGGGGGUGUUCAAGUCCUCGACCGGUCCAUCGAGAGGUCGAUGUACUUGGAGCUUGCUUUGGCUGCCAUGGACGAAUUGGUUAAGAUGGCGCAGACUGAUGAGCCGCUUUGGAUCAGGAGCUUGGAAGGCGGAGGAGGAGGAAGAGAAGUACUGAAUCAUGAGGAGUACUUAAGGAGCUUCACGCCUUGCAUUGGCAUGAAACCAAACGGGUUAGUCACCGAAGCUUCUAGAGAGACCGGGAUUGUUAUCAUCAACAGUCUGGCCCUUGUGGAGACUCUAAUGGACUCGAAUCGUUGGGCGGAGAUUUUUCCUUGUAUGAUAGCCAGAACCUCCACAACAGACGUGAUCUCUAGCGGCAUGGGAGGAACUAGAAAUGGUGCACUUCAGCUGAUGCACGCGGAGCUUCAAGUGUUAUCGCCGCUGGUGCCGGUGCGAGAAGUGAAUUUCCUCCGGUUCUGCAAGCAGCACUCGGAGGGGGUGUGGGCGGUGGUGGAUGUGUCCAUUGACACCAUCCGAGAAACUUCCGGCGCACCAACGUUUGUCAACUGUAGGAGGCUUCCUUCUGGCUGUGUUGUGCAAGACAUGCCUAGUGGGUACUCAAAGGUAACAUGGGUCGAGCAUGCAGAAUACGACGAGAGCCAAGUGCACCAACUCUACCGUCCAUUGCUAAGCUCCGGCAUGGGCUUCGGUGCGCAACGGUGGGUCGCCACCCUUCAACGCCAGUGCGAAUGCCUUGCCAUUCUCAUGUCCUCCACCGUCCCCACCCGAGAUCACACCGCCGGGAUAACGGCGAGCGGGCGGCGGAGCAUGUUGAAGCUGGCGCAGCGGAUGACAGACAACUUCUGCGCGGGGGUUUGCGCGUCGACAGUUCACAAGUGGAACAAGCUCAACGCCACGGGCAACGUGGACGAGGACGUGCGAGUGAUGACGAGGAAGAGUGUCGACGACCCGGGGGAGCCUCCAGGGAUCGUCCUCAGCGCUGCCACCUCCGUUUGGUUGCCAGUCUCCCCCAAUCGCCUCUUUGACUUCCUCCGCGACGAGCGCCUCCGUAGCGAGUGGGACAUCUUGUCAAACGGUGGGCCCAUGCAGGAGAUGGCCCACAUUGCUAAAGGCCAAGACCACGGCAACUGCGUCUCCCUUCUCCGUGCCAGCGCGAUGAACACGAACCAGAGCAGCAUGCUGAUCCUGCAGGAGACUUGCAUAGACGCGGCGGGGUCGCUUGUGGUCUACGCGCCCGUUGACAUACCAGCCAUGCACGUGGUGAUGAACGGUGGCGAUUCUGCGUACGUGGCGCUGCUGCCCUCGGGAUUCUCGAUCGUCCCGGAUGGGCCAGGCUCCCGUGGGUCCGUGUCGGCGACCACUAACGGCGGCGGGAACAAUGUUAACAACGUCAACGGUGGUGAUGGGCCCCAGCGAGUGGGUGGGUCUCUCCUCACCGUGGCAUUCCAGAUCCUUGUCAACAGCCUUCCUACGGCCAAGCUCACGGUGGAAUCGGUGGAGACGGUCAACAAUCUCAUCUCUUGUACGGUCCAGAAGAUCAAGGCCGCUCUUCACUGCGAAAGCUGAUAAGUGAUAACGGUCACGUGAUUCUCAGAGUGGCCAAGUCCAGCCUCAACUAGUUUCCUUUUUUUUUUUUUUUUUUUUUAAUUAUUAAUUAACAUUGACUUGUGUGUAGAGAGUGAGGGUACUGGUGAAGAAGUGGGUAAAAAGGGGUAUUUGUUGUUUGUUUGGAGUGAGCGAGUUAAGACUCAGUGAGUUGGGAGUUUUGGGGCUGUUGAGUCAAGAACGAACCCUGCGUUGAGACUCCUUGCAUGGUGAUAAGAAUAACUGCAUACAUGAUAGCUGAGUCAGGCGUCGAGUUGUUAGUCAGUGACUCGGUGUCCGCUUGGCUCUCUGAGUUUUCUUAGCACAAGGCAAGGGUGGUGGUUCGGGUAUUGACUCUGGUCAACCCCGAGUUGGCUUGAGUAGCUAAGAAGGUUGCAGUCUUUUUAUAAGAGGAAAAAAGAAAAUCUCGAAUUU